ACACCAAGAAGAAGUGUGACGCGCUGCUUCCGGCUCCUCUGAUUGGACAGGCUGCUGUGUGACGUCACUGGCGUGCGCCGGCGCUGCAGCGGAGAGAUGCAGGAGGGAAAGAAGAGAGAGAGAGAAAGAGGACAGAAACGAGGACUCUCUGAUGGAGAGAUGAAGAAGAGGAGGAGUGCUGGAUCCAGCGCGGAGGAGGCCGAGGUUCCUCGGGAGCCCAGUGAUCUGGAGGAGGGAGGACUGGACCUGAACAAGACCUUCAGACCCAUCAGCUCCUACAUGCAGGACCGCGAGGAGAUGCUGGAGCAGUGCUUCCAUGUGCUGGGAGAGAAUAAACUCCUAAAGAUGCUUCCGGAGGAACUGAAGGUGCCUUUAUUGUGAUCUCAAAUCAUCCACAUUCAUCUUGGAGGAAGAAAUACAGUCUGCUUCUGUUUGCUGGUGUUAGUUUAGUGAUGUUCGGAGUAUUGUCCUGUUCUCUAAGAUAAUCGAUGAUCGUUCAGGCUUCUUUGUACUCUUCU